CCCUCUAAAUCAUUGGAUUCAGGUGUUCUAACCUCCCUUCCAAAUUGUUGGAUUCAGGUGUUCCAAUCACCGCUAAGGCCACAGCUGUAUAAAAUCAAGUACCUAGGCAUGCAGCCUGCUUCUACAAACAUUUGUGAAAGAAUGUGUCACUUUCAGGAGCUCAGUGAAUUUAAGCAUGGUACCGUGAUAGGUUGCCCCCUGUGCAACAAGACCAUCCAUGAAAUUUCCUUGCUACUAAAUAUUCCACGGUCAACUGUUAGUGGUAUUAUAGCAAAGUGGAAGCAACUGGGAACAACAGCAACUCAGCCACAAAGUGGAAGGUCACGUAAAAUGAAAGAGCGGGGUCAGCGCAUGCUGAAGCACACAGUGUGCAAAAGCCACCGAAUGUCUGCAGAGUCAAUAGCUAAAGACCUCCAAACUUCAUGCAGCCUUCAGAUUAGCACAACAGUGCAUAGAGAGUUUCAUGGAAUGGGUUUCCAUGGCCGAGCAGCUGCAUCUAAG